AUGGCUGAAUAUACAGCUGCUGAAUAUACAAAUAUGUUAAUUACGUAUGGCAUGGCUGAUUGUAAUGCCGCUGAAGCCGUUCGUAUGUACUCAUUGCGACAUUCGAAUCGUAGACAUCCGUGUACUCGUACUUUUUUGAGGCUCGUUAACCGCACUCGUCAAACUGGUAAUCUUUUACCAAAUCAUCGUGAAGCUGGAGCGCCACGGAAUGCUCGUAACGUGGAAAAUGAGGAGGCUAUAAUUGCGGCCGUUGAAGACAACCCUGAAAUUGGUAUCCGUGGAGUAGUCAAAGAACUUCAUUUAUCUUACGGUACUGUUCAACGGACACUAAAAACGGAGAAACUUCAUGGUUACCACUACCAACGCGUUCAGGAGCUCCGAGCUGAAGAUUUUCCGAUUCGUCUGACAUUCUGUCGUGAGAUUUUACAUCGUCUGGAUAACGAUGAGUUUUUCAUUGAUAAAAUUUUAUUUACUGACGAAAGUACUUUCGGAAGGAACAAUUUUUGGAAUACGCGAAAUUUUCAUUGGUACGCUCAAGAAAAUCCUCAUUGUACUGUAUUACGGAACCAUCAAGAACGGUUUUCAAUUAAUAUCUGGGCAGGACUUCAUUUUGGUCAGAGAACUGUUGUUGGUCCUCAUGAGUUCCAAGAUAAUUUGACUGCGGCUGUUUAU